UCCUCCUCCUCCCGGCGGGGCGUCCCCCUUCCACGCCCGGCCCCUCCAGUGACAUCAGCGAGGAGGUCCCUGCGCGGACGUCGAGGGGACGCCGAGGCGCUCGCUCGCUCGCUCGCCUCCUGCUCGGCUCCCUUCCCGGCCGGACCAGGCGAGGGGCUGGGCGCCGGAGCGCUGCCCUCCUUGCUGGCCCCGGGGCGGGCGGCUCGACGGCCGGCGGAGGAGGUAAGGGGGCGCGCGGACUGGGACUCCCCCCCCCCGCGGGGCUCGGACAUCGCCCUCCAAGUCCGGGGUCGGGAGGGGGGCGAAGUGAAGCUUCUGGGCUGGAGGGCUGGUGCGCGGAGGACCCCGAGGGAGGCGGGCAGCGAGCGGGGCGGGGCGGGGACCCGGGGCUGUUUUGGGGGGACUGGGGGGGCUCUCCCUUGGAGCAUGCUGGCUGGGGUCUGCAAUCCCCCCCAGGGAUGCGGACUGGGAGCGGGGCGGAGAAGCCCAAGCGCCGGGCCCAGGCGCCGCGCCCCUCGAGGGAGCUCCCCGGCGCGCCGCUGCUCGCCUUUCGGGCGGAGGGGGACUCGCCGCUCCCCGGCCAGCCUUCGGCCGCGCCCGGUCCUUCGCUCGGAGCGCCCGGCGUGCUGGUGGCUUCAUCCGGCUUGGGGUGGUCUCCUUUCCUUGGAGAAUGGGAAGAGCAGCUGGGGGGCGAGCGACGUGGAUGGAGCCGGGGGGCUGCCCAGGCUGGAGGCAAAGAAGGGAAAUUCUGGCCCCGUGGGGUCGGCGGGUUCCCUUGGGGCGCCCCGUGUGGCUUUGCGGAUCCAGAAGAAGAACCCGCCGCAGUUCCCCGAGGCUGUGAUCGUGGGAGUGAGCCCUUCUGAAGUCGGUCGAGUACACGUGGAGAAGGCUUAUCUGAUGUGUUGAAAACAAUGGCUGUUCUUCUGAACCCCACUCUUAAGUCGAAUUUUUACCCCAAAAGUUUAACCAGGCUUUGUUCUGAGGAUCUCCUGCAUAGCACCGCAAAGGGGGAAUGUUAGUAAAACCAGGAGGAGAAAUGUGAUCAAGAUGAUCCGGUUCCUUUGGGGAGGGGUAAUUCUGUGUUGGCUGGUGGUCUGGCUUGUUUCUGUCCAUGGCUGUAUUUUGUAUGGUUGAUUAUAGAUGGUUGAUUAUAGAUUAUAGAUGGGUGUGCUGUGGUUUUCAUUGUAUUUGCUAAAUUGCUUAAAUUACUAGGUUUUGUUGCUGUAUUGCGUGAACUGCUCUCAAUUAUCUCUGAAGAGUGGGAUAUAAAUAAAAUUAUCAUUGUUUAUUAUCCUUAUCCAAGCAGCCUAUUAUAAGUUGCACCCAAAUCUUCUAAUACAAAGCAGCAGAAAAAAUUGGCCGUUCCUCCAUGAUAUUUACAGGACAUUAUAUUCUGCUGAUGCUUUUGUUUAUUUUUUUAAACUUUACUAUAACUAGCAGUAGCAAAAAAAGUGCUUACGGGCAAAAGGUUGUUCUUCAGUUGUGUAAAUCAUUGCAGCAACCUGAAUAGCAGCGCAAACAGUUCCUGCGUUAUGUGCCCUCCCCAAACCCCUUUACAUCUACUGAGAUGAUAGAGACAUUUAAGUAUUUAUAAUGUACUAUAAAACUAGAAACUCAGUCCGGAUUAGAAAAACAAUCUUUUUAUGACAUUUUAGUAUUUGCAUGGGGAUAGCUAAACUUUCAAAGCUGUUGGCUAAGGCUGCUGGUGAGGAGUCAGAAAGUAGAGAUGACCUCUCUUAUUGUACUGGGCAAAUCAGUUCUUAGUGCUUUAGUUUGUUCUCCACACACCCUACUUAUUCCCACAGAGCAGGGGGCAGCAGAACAUUUACUUGGCAUCACGCUGAUCGGGCUAUUUGCCUUCAAGUUCUGAGAGAACUUUGGUAGUAUCCAGUUCUAGACAGGUCAAGACAUUUUGCCUGUCCAAGAGGCUGCAGCAGACACAAAUCCAGGACUCUUGGUACAUCGGAAGAUUUGGUGUACAGUGACCAAUGCCGCUUAAUGCACUACCCGGCAGAUGUUGCUGCACCACAGCUCCAUCAGCUCUGACCUUUGUCCAUGCUGACGGGGUUGUGUGUGUGUGUGUGUGAUGGGACUUUGUCACAACCUCUGGAUGGUGGAAGAUUACCCAUCCCUCUCUUAGACCCUAACCUCACUACAUUUAAGGCAGCACCAUAGCACUUUAAACAUCCCUGAAAGAACCCCGUGAACUAUAGUUUGUUAAGGGUGCUCAGCAUUGUUGGGAGACCCCGUUCACCUCAAAGGGCUGCAAUCUGCAGAGUUCCCUGGGAAGAGGGGUUGAUUGUCACUGUGUAGAAAUUGUAGCUCUGGGGGGAAUAGGGGUCUCCUGACAAUUCUCCUUGACAGGCUUCUUUGGGGGAGCCCAGGACUGCUUGAAGUGAUGAUGCUUUAAAAGUACAGGGCAGGUGAGGGGAUUCUGAGGGGCAGCACUUGAGCUGCAUGCCAACAUGAGUGACUUCCUGGCUCAGUCCUGAUCCUGCAAACAUAGGAGCCAACUCCAAGGGGCCAAUGUCCCUUCGGCCCACCCAAUAAAAUAUUUGAGGGGCUGUGCCCCCCCCAAGUUGAUGGGCGUUGCCUUUCAAAUGGUGUGUGUGUACACUGUGUUAAUUAUGUGGGGUGGGGCUUACCUGCCCCCUCCCAUAUUUUACUCAAGUUGGCACCCUUGCUUGCAAAUGAUGGGUGUUUGAAGAGAAGGUCCCUUAAUAUUUAUGUGUGGUGACAGCGUGGAAGAAACAAACCCUCUGCUCACUUGUUUUAUUCCCUCUAACUGUGCGGCUCUGUUUGUGACAAGAUAAGCAAACUGCCUGAAGUGAUUUUGAGAAUUCUGCCUUUCAUGGACUGUGUGGAUCAGACACAGGCCAUUGCAGCUGAGCCUGCAAACUCUGCCUAAGUAAACCUUGGGUGACACUGCAGCUGCUUCUAGAUGCAGUUUGAGUCUGCUUUGCUGCUUAAGAAUCUCUGAGGUCUUUUUUAACUAUAUGGUGGGGCUCAGAUAUUUAUUUAUUUUCAUUCAUUAAACUUAUAUCCUGCCCUUCCAGCCAAAGGAGGCCAGGGCUGCAAGGGACACCAAUACACCAAAACCAGCCCCUUAACCUUAGCCCAGUAGCUGAUUGGCAGCCAGUGCAAUUCUUUCAACAGUGGGGUGACCUGUUGGCAAUAUCCUGCCAGCUGCAGCUUCUGGACCCACCUCAAGGGCAGCCCCACAAAGAGCGCAUUGCAGUAAUCCAGCCUGGAUGUUACCAGCGCAUGGAUGACAGCUGUCAGGCUAUACCAAUCCAGAAACGCCCACAUCUGUCCUGCUAGCUGAAGCUGGUAGUUGAAGCACACCUAGCCACCAAGGUCACUUGGACCUCUAGCAGCAAAGAUGAGUCCAUGAGCCACUACGAGCUUGCUCUUUGGGGAAAGUACAGCCCCGUCCAAAGCAGGCAAUUGACCAAUUAUCCAGGGUUGUGAACCACCCACUCACAGUGCCUCUGUCUCGCCAGGAUUCAGCUUUUUGGCUCACCACAGAGUCUAGGCAUCAGUCCAGGACUUGCAAGGCCUCUCCUUUUUCGGAUGUUACAGAGAGAGGUGUCCUCAGCAUAUAGGCAUGCUUAAAUAUAAAAAUCUGUCCUAAGUUCCUGCAGUUUUGAAAGCUAAUGUUUAUUGAGCUAAUGUUUGUAAUUAGGUCUUAUUUAUUUAUUUAUUUAUUUAUUAGAUUUAUAUACCGCCCUUCAUCGAAGGAUCUCGGGGCAGUUCACAAGAUAAAUGCACAAAUAAAUAGUUAAAAUAAAAACAACAAAAUGAUGACCAUCACCCUACAAACACAUUUAAAAGGCUGUAGAAAAUUAAUCAUCCAAAGGCCUGGUUGAAGAGGAACGCUUCCCCUGGCAUCUAAAGAUAUACUGUGAAAGUGCUAGAUGAACCUCCCUGGGGAGAGCAUUCUACAGAUGGGGAGCCACUGCAGAAAAGGCCCGUUCUCAUAUUGCCACUGUCUGGAGCCCACAUGGAGGGCGCACACAAAUGAGGGCCUCCCUGGGUCCACCAUAUAUGGUGAGAGAAUGACUUUAGGAGAAAUCCUUUUGAUUUGUUACUUAUUUGAUUUAUUAAUUAUUAUGUUUUGUCAUUCAUAAGUUAUAAUUACCUGGCAAGAAAAACCUAUGUAUCUUUGAGCCGGGGAAAAGACUGGUUAGCUGUGGUUAUCUGCUAGUGCAAUAUUUGUGGAGAAAGAAACCUGCAAGGGGCCGUAAUUUGAAGAAGAGGGAAAGCAGGUGGUGGGAGGAAUAGGCAGGUAUGUGUCACAGAUACACACCCCUGUGGCAUCUCAGCUCAGGGGCCCCUUUUUAAGAUAAAAGGUGUUGGGGUUUUCUUACAUACUUUUGUGUGUAAUGUGUAGUCUUCCUCUCCAAACCAUGCUGGCUAGAACAACAUGAACCAAAGGGAUGUAGGUUUUAUCUAGCAAUCAACUUUUCCAGAUGCGUGUCUGCCAUCACCGCACACAAAUAUUGAUUUUUAUUUGUGCAGGGGUCUUAAAUGUCUAGUCUUUUUAUUUGUGGAGCCUGUUUUCCAGGAUUUCCAGAAGCCUGUGGAGCAUUUUUUUUGCAUCCUGUCCCUUUCUAGCACAUUAAAAAACCCAGUAUUGCAAAUUUGAUUUUUUCAGGCAUCAGGGAGGUGUUUUUUUUGUUUUUGUUUUUGUCAAUAGGACAAUGAUGCUGUUUUCUUUCUGUGUGCAAGAAUGUUAUGGCCCAAAUGUGGUGGCUUUCAAGAAUAUUUCUCAAGAGCAUGCAUCUGUGACCUGGAAUGUUUGAGCUAUACAGACGCCAUGUGGCUCCACCAGCUCUUGAGUGAUGCCUAUUCUGCAGUGGUGCUCUUAGCCCCCAGGCUAACAAUUUAUUGGAAUACAUUUACUUAUUAACAUUUAACUUGGAUUCCAGCAAGUAGUAGCCAGUGAUUUAGCUGCAGUUUAGUGCUUUCUAAUUUUAAUAUGCUUUCAUUUCAUCACAUUCAUGCUAAUGCCUACCAGUCCUAGCUCUCUGUGAAGUCCCUGGUGUGUUCCGCUUACUAGCUGAGACAGAAGUUGUUCCUGGGCUUAGCACUCUUUCUUUCCUUCUCUGUUUUCUUUCUUUUUAGCAUCCAGCCAGCAUGUCUGAUUUCUCGACUCUGGCUUGCACUGUGUCAAUAUGCCUGCUUCCCCACUGCUUUCAAGAGGAGGAGACUCCCAACUAUAACUAGGAUGCAUUUAUAUUUCCUUACUUUUUCCUUAGUCUGAGCUGAGGUCUGCCCUAGUUUUGCACUCAUGAAAUUUCACUAUGUAAUUGCUUCAGUUUCCAUUUGUAGAUGGAAACUGAAACACAGAGUUAAAUUCCUUGCCUUCACAGGUAGUGAAUCCAUCUGGAAAGAUGGACUGCUGUUUACAUAAUUAUUCUGAAGCUGAAAGUACAAUGGGCAAAAUGCAUCCGUAUUGUGAGGCCGGGAGUGGGGUUGGUAAUAGUCUUAAAUUUUGCUCCUGGUCAGUAUGCUGCUUGAAAAGUAGGUGCCAUUUCACUGUUGCGGGACUGCAAGAUUUCAAAUGGGGGAGUUGCAAGGACAAUGCGUAGUUUGGGAUAGGCCUGUGAACAUGGCCCUGUAGGAUAAAAGGUAAUUGAUUAUCAAUCAUAUUGCUUGUAACUAUUUUUCCUGCCCCCAUACAACAGUGUGACUGUUUGGACAUCUUGGUCCUUUACAGCCAUGACUGCCGUGAAGAGGAAACACAAGUAGCAUGAGGGCUGCGAGUCCUUCAGUCCUGGCGCUGUCGUUGCACAGCUCUUUCUUAUUGCUCUGACAUUCAGCUGCUACAUCUGAAACAGGAAGCCUCUUGUACUUGUGGAUGCUCCUCAUCUUCCAGGCAGUGUUAGCCAGGCGCAUUUUGCAACUGGCGCUGGUUCAAUUGCGACCAUGUGGAGAUCUCUGGAUGCUCGCUUGGCGACUGACAUCUCCACCCAGUGCCCCCUCUGGCUUUCUUAGCAGGUGAGCAGAAGAGCUCAUUUAUUGCAGUCCUAUCCCACCUUUUUCUCCAGGGAAUACAUGGAUCACCCACCUUCUCAGUUAAUCCCUACAGCAACCCGGCAAGGUAGGCUAAGAGGCUAUGACUGGCCCAAGGUCAUUCAGUGAGCUCCAUGACCGAGUGGGGAUUUGAACCCUGAUCCCCCAGGGCCUAGUCUGACACUCUAAUAAUCGCAACACCACACUGGCUCCCUAGAGUCCUUCUGCUAAGGGCAGCUCUAUAAAUUAAGUAGGUAAAUAAAUAAAUAUGGGAAAAGCAAAACGUCACUUAGAGAAAGAUCUGAAAUAUUUUCCUUGAAGCUUGCAAUUGUUUUAUUCCGGAUUGCUUUAUUUGAUGUUUUAAUGUGUCAUGAACUGCUUUGAGAUUAUUCUUUAAAAUAUAAAGCUGUUUAGAAAUGAAAUGAAAAUUUUUUUUUUGCAAAACAAUAAAUUUCAUUGCAAAAAAUGACACCUAGACAUUGCAUUGUGGCAACCGUAACCAAGGUUUAAGGUGCCAUUUGGCAAUUAGCUUAUAUAUCUCAUUUGCUAACACUGGUAGAAGUUAAAACUGCCUAUUUAUCCCACAUGUCUGACUUUCAAAUACAGGAAAGGCUGGUAGUAAUGUCAACAGUGUUGCAAAAUGGUGUCCCUAUGCUAUCUUUAAAAUCCCUUCAGCAUUUUGUGAAGCAGGAAUUAUGUAUAAUCCAAACAUGAGAUUUGCAAUCACAAAUGGUGACCUGAAGUUAAUAGAUUCCAUUUGGUUUUUUGUGUUAUGCCCUAAAUCCGAAAGCAACUAGAACAAAGUUUCAGAAUAGCUCUUGGAUCUUGGCUUAGCUUUCCGAGACUGAUCAAUUGGGAGGCUGGAGGGGGUGGGGAGGGGGAAGGGAGGCUUAGAGCCACAAGUUCCCCAUCCUCUGGACUCGGAUCCUCAUUUUUAAGUGGCUUUCCAUAGCCUUAAGUGAUCAUCUAUGUCAAGUCUUAUAAGAUAAAGUCAAGUAUGCAACUACAACAGCAAAUAGUAUUAAGUCAUCAUGCUGAAAGGAAGUAAUAAGGAAAAGAUAGCUGUCCAUUUUGCUGGCAAUCGCAGUGUAAGUGUAGCUCAUUUUGUUGGGCAUAAAGUUUCAAUCCCUGAAUAAAAAUAUAUUGCUUGAUUCCAUUCUUUCUCCAAACACUGGAGUCUUUUGCAGGAUCUUAAUUUUCUGCCGCACAGAAUUAUUAUGCAUAAUUUAAUCAGAUUUCACCGAUAGACAAGUUCUGCAUUUUGGUCUUUUUGUCACAUUAGAAUCAAUUUUUCCCUUCCCCUUUUCUCUCUCUCAACUGCCAUAUGUCCUCUUUUUUUCCAGGACGUGUCCUCUUUCUCAGGGGUAAAAUUUCUGUCUGGUUGGAUUUUUUGAAUCUUCUAAAAUGUCCGGGAGUGGGCUACUCUUUAUGUUGCCUACGCAGUACUAAAGAACCAAGUGCAAAACAUAUACAUGCUGUGUGAGUCUUGCAUGACGCAGGAAAGGACCAGGUCCUUGUGUUUGUAUAUUUUGAAGGGGCAUUGUAGAAUGUGUCCUCUUUUUCUCUCUUCAAAAUAUGGCAACCCUGCUCUUGGGGUGACACCAGUACAGUGGUGCCUCGCAAGACGAAAUUAAUUCGUUCCGCAAAUUUUGUCGUCUUGCGAUUUUUUUUCGUCUUGCGAAGCACGGUGUCGGGAAAGUUUUGGAAAAGCUUCAAAAAUCACCAAAGUCUUUAAAAACCUCAAAAAGGCUACCACACCGUGUUCUAUGAGUUGCUCCUCAAAGUCAAGUCGCAACUGUAUUAACGGUGUUAAGAAAAAGGAAACAAACUUGCAAGACGUUUUCGUCUUGCAAAGCAAGCCCAUAGGGAAAAUCGUCUUGCAAAGCAGCUCAAAAAAACAAAAAACCCUUUCGUCUAGCGAGUUUUUUGUCUUGCGAGGCAUUCGUCUUGCGAGGUACCACUGUAUUUGAGUGUGUGGCUGAUAUGGUCUAGCUGCUGCUACAUUGUAAAACUUUAGUCUGACUACCCAUCUAUAGCAGUGUUGGGAGAUUAAAGGUGGUGGAGUUGGAACCAGUCUGUCUCUGAGAUCAGCCCUCCGUAAUAAUGCCACAGAAAUCUAGAAACCGCUAAUUCAUAUAUGGAUUGAUUUCCCCCCCUAGAUUAAAUCCGUGCAGCUGAAUUGAAACUAAAUGUGUUCAAAUACUCCAGUAAUGUGUUUUGCACAGGAUUAGAACAUUGAUUGGAAGUUAGUUUAUAUUUAAAGGUUACCAACCAUGUUUGGAAUAGUAACUGCAGCCCCUGAGCCUCUGAGAGUACACCUCUUUGCCAAAUAAAAUGAGCAGGGAAGUGCCAGAAGCAGAACGUUUUAAAGUAGCUUCUUCAGGCUUCUAGAAUGGUGGCAGUCUUGAGGGGUGAAUCCAGCAUUGCAGGCUGCCUUAUCUGCUUCAGCUACCUUAACAGAACUGUAGGGAAACACAGUAUGUAUACUACUGAGGUGAUGAAAGAAUCCAUUUAUUGCUUCUAACUUAUUUUAUUUGUUAUAGUUCUUAAAAGUGUCACACCAUUAGAGUUGUGUUUUCUGCCCUGGGCUACUUCCUGCACUUUGUGAAGUACAUUGCCAUCUGUGGAAAUCAUCAAAGUGUUCUACCGUGUGCUAGACACCUAAGCCAUUUUGCAGGUGAAAUACUCUAGGAUAGGGAUUUGUAACUAAAUCCUGUGUAAUCUAGUUAGCAGAGCUGCCCUCUAGUGCAGUGUAAUCUCUUAUUCUGCAAGUAGGAGGGGAAACAUGAUUUCUUCACUGCUUUCCAAAUCUGCCCUGAGGAGAGAGAAACAUUUCCAAAAAGAUAAGGACAUAAAUCAGCCAAAGUUAGUCAUGACCAAGAGCCACUGGUAGCAGCACUGGUAGUUACGUGGCCCCAAGUCAAUCACAUAACGCUGCUUCCAGUAGGGUUUAAUCAUGGGUAAAAUUUGCUGGGUGGGGGCCUGACAUUUUGAGCAUUUGUUAAAAAAAAAGUUCAAGGCCCUCCUCUGUUCUUUCUUUUUUAAAAUGGCUAUUGCUGCCCUUCCCCCUCCACUCUUUGUGGUAGUAGGACAUGCUCUCAAUUCUCCCUUGUUGACCAAGUUCUGCUUGCACUUGAUUUUUAUUUUCACAAAUCUGGGGCGGCUAGCAGAUUUCAUUAGAAGUCUGAGGGGCUGCCCAGGUAGGCAAUGUCUUGAGAGGAAGGGUUAAGGCAGUUUCCCAAACUUGGAUCUUCAGCUGUUCUUGGACUACAACUCCUAUUAUCCCUAGCUAGCAGGACCAGUGGUCAGGGAUGAUGGGAAUUGUAGUGUAAAAACAGCUGGAGACCCAAGGCUGGGAAACUCUGGGUUAAGGAACAGUGACAGCAAGCCUCUGUGUGGCAUGUUUAGGAAGGCAGGGAGGCUUGAGGACUGUGGUUGGCCUGGGGGAUAUGCUGAGAGUGGUCACCCUGUUUCUGUAGCCUGCUAUGGGUAGGGAAAAUGGUGAUGCAGUGAGGCUGUAGCAACCCUCCACCCUUGCAAAGACAACCAGGAUAACAAUUCAUCCCUGUGGGAUCAGAGCAAAGCUCUAUCUAAUCCAGGGUCUUCUUUCUUAUAGUGACUGACUGCAGUCAGCCAGGUGUUCACAGAGGAGAUGGUGGGGCAUCAAACCAGCAUUGGGUGAAGCAAACCAUGGUUUCUUUGCUAAUCUGCAAGACAGAUUGUGUCCUGUUCAACAGUGUAUAGAACAAGCUAUAGCUGUGCCAUCACAUCUGAGUGUGGCUCUGGUGUCCUUGCAUAGCGUGUUAAGGCUGGUACAGUGGAACCUCGGUUGUUGAACAUAAUCCGUUCCGGAAGACCAUUCAACUUCCGAAGCGUUCGACAACCGAGGUUCCACUGUAUUGUUCCUUUGGUAGAUGGUCUUUGAGACAACUAAAAUUAAUGGAUAAGCAUUAGAGGACAUUUCUAUGUUUCAAUCAGUGUGUGUUUCUUGGGCAGUGUUAGGAAAACAGCAGCAGCUCUAGGCUUGAGAGUGUGUGAGGACAGCCUAAGUUUGCAGGGGGGACCUUUGUGUGCAAGCCUUAGCAAGAUUAAGAAGCAGCUGUGUUCCCUGCUGCCCCAUGAGUGUGGUUGGCCCUCAGUGACCGCCGACCAAGCAAGCUGCUCAUUUUCAGAAGUGCUUUUUCCAUAGCAGCAUAAAGGAAAGCUGGCUUGGCAAAGAACCAGAUCAUUCUUUUCAUGUUUUGUCACUAUCCCCUUGGGGACUAUUCUUAGUUUUCUGUUACGUAACGCUCUUCGCCAUGCCAUUCUUUAGCGAUGAAAGGGAAAAGAAUUUAUAUACAGUGGUAUCCUGCAGAAUUAAAGUUCUCUGCAGGAUACUGUAAGCCAAACACCUAUUUUUGGUUGUUGUUUUUUAUUUCAAAGGUAUAUUGCCAAGCAUCUGGGUGAGGAGGGAAAGCCUGUGGAUAUCACAAUAAAUAUAUAUGGUCGAGAUCUUUCCCCUCAACAACAGUUUUCAAAGAAUAUACAUUUCUACUGACUUUGGAUUGAUACAAAUUUCCCCUUUUGAUCCUCUUUUCAUCUCUAUUUGCUUUUUGUAGCUUCCAAACUCUUUGCACUGUUGUGAACUACAGUUGUCAAUCAUCAACUGAGGGUGGGAGUUGGGAAGAAAGGGUUAGCUGCUCUUACUAACAGUUUGUCUUAACUCUGUCAGUACGAGAGGCUUCUCUUAAGCCCUCCUUUAAUUCAAAGUGUAUUUGACAUACGGUGCCUAUUAUUUAUUUAUUUCAUAAAAUUCAUAACCACUUGAUUGGGGAAAAAACCUUUCAAAGUGGUUUUCAAAAGAUAAAACAGUCAAAUCAAGAAAAAAAUUACAACCUCACUUUAAAACAUAUGAAAGUGAAAAUGCUAAAAACAGAUUUAAAUUACAUUCAGUUCCUAAGCAUCCGGGUAGGCUUGUCUAAACAGGAAUGUUUUUAGUAGGUACCAAAGGGAGUGCAGUGAAGGCACCUGCUUGAUUCCAGUAGGCAGGGAGUUCCAAAGUGCAGGUGCUGCCACACUAAACAGCCGAGCAGAACGGGUAUUUUGUGGCACUUGCAGUAGUGCCAAUUCUGUUGAAGUGGUCAAGUGGGCAUGUGUAGGGUAAGGCGACCUUGUUAGGGGCUCUAUAUACUAAGAGUAACACUUUGAACCCGGCCCAGUACUAAAUAAACAACCAGUUCAGACCUCUGAGCCUCACUCCUGUCAGCAAUUGUGUCGCAGCAUUCUGCACUAACUGCAGCUUCCAGAUCAAGCACAAGGGAAGCCCUACAUAGAGCACAUUGCAGUAAUCCAACUGCAAUGGUUAGAGCAUGGUGCUGAUAACGCCAAGGUCAUGGGUUUCAUCCACAUAUGGGUGCAUAUUCCUGCAUCUCAGGGGGUUGGACUAGAUGGUGCAGGGACCCUUCCAUGAUUCUGUGAUUAGGCCCACCUUUUAAAUAUAUCGUUUAUGGCUCUUCCUGUUCAUUGUGUGACUGUGCUGCUUUGGGAUUGCUUGACUUCACAAUAGUACAAAUCCUGCCAAUCAUUCUGUUUUGUUCUGUUAAAGUCAGUCUUGGAAGAUGAUAAGCAGCCCAGCUGCAUCUGAGCAUCAAUGCUUUUUAAAAUAUUCUUCAUAAUUUCCAAAAUUUCUAAGAAGUAAAGCAUAAACGCAAAUGACUGUACACAGAGUAUGCAAGAAAAUGAGUGUUUCAUUUGGCGGUAUGAUACAGACAAAAGUGGAACCAUUUUUAGCUCCCAUGGAUUGAAAUCAGGGGUUGAAGUUAGCUUGUUAUGAAACUUGCCAGGGUUUGUUUUAAACCAGGAUCUUGAGUUCAUAUGUUAACAUUCUCACACACACACACACACACACACACACACACACACUUUGUUGCUUUCAAACAAAAACAAAAACAUUACAGGCACUUGGCAGUGUAAAAACAUUGCUGGGAAUGAGCACGUUACAUCAUAAAUUCAUUUGGGAUGUAAAUCAGUGUCCAAGCUUGUCUCUCCAUGUGUGGCCAGUGGUUGUUGCCUCUGUUUCAAUGAAUGGAAUAAAAGGAUACCAAAUGAUGGAAAUAGUCUCUUUUGUGCUUUUCUAAGCUGACAAGUUUAUUUUUCAGCUAAGCAAGAGCCCAGAUUCGACCAUGUGUUCAGGAAAAGUCCCUGGUAAUACGUCCCACUUGUAGGCGCAACACUUUCCCAGUGUUAACAUUAAGCAGCCAGGGAGAAUCUUGAAAAGUGAAGCUAACUGCAAAAGUUGUUCUUUUAGCCACUGGUGGAGGAGGAAGGUGGAGCACGAUAGUCCAAUGGUGCUUUGUUCGGGCACAGUUUAGCUUUGUGUGCAAUCCUCUUUGCAAUAUUAUCACCCCAUGUUAUAAAUAAGGUCUGGGUCCGAUAGAUAGAGAGAGAGGUAUGUCACCUAGUAGAUGUAUGGUUAUAGUGAGGUUUAAACUAGUGGCGUUCUAUUUCUUGGUAAAACAUCUUUUCUGUCUGUUGGUCUAAGACAGAACAAAGAAAUUGAGCUUGCCAGUAAUGCAACCCAAAACUGAGCAAAACAUCACAAGGGCAUCCAAUAGGAUUUAAACAAAAGCUUGCUCAUGUGGUGAGAUUAAAUGUUACCAAUUGUGAGUGGGAAAGCAGAACUAGGAAGAGGUGAUGGGAGCACUGAAAGUUGUGCUCAUCUCGUGGCAGGCUGGCUGCAGACUUUGCUUCUGGUGUAACAGUGGCUUGGUAGGAAGAACCUUCUGCUGAAAGUGUUCAAGGCUAUGCAGUGUGUCACUUCUCUCCUUAGACAGAAAUACCCAUCUACUAGUUGGAGGAGCCAAAGCAGCAAUUUCCAGGUCCAGCCUCUCUACGCUGUUGGCCGUCUCUUCCAAUUUUGUGGUCACUUGGGAAAAGGGGUGAGUAUAUCUUUGAGGACUGGAAGAGCUUGUCAUGUAGCCAGCACAUUAAUUCUGCAGGAAAUAGCAUGGUUAAAUCAACACAAACCUGGCAGAUUUCAUGCUGUGUGUGUGCGCGCUUUAUAAUUAUGUUCAUGCAAACAUGCAUCCUCAUAAUUGCACAAAGGGGCUUGGUGGAUCCAGGCCUUUUAUUGACUGUAUGAUUCUGCUAGAUGAGUGCAUAAGCAAAUACUACCAACAAUUAAACUUUCAACAUUGAUAAAUGGAUUUUGUUGCUCUGCUUCAAUGGCUCUAUCAGAAACAAGAGCUACGAGUAUGAAUGGCUUGCACAGAUUGUGGAUAUGCAGCAUUUAUUCCAUGAACUGCUAGGUUGUAAACAAUACUCUCAUCCCCCCCUUCUUUUCUUCAUUGACGUUCUCUGACCUGUAUCAACUAGCAGAAUACAGUGAAUCAGGAAUGGCAAAAGAGCUUUGAUGAAGCUAUGCUAUCCUCGGGCCAGAGGUUUCUCUUGAAGAAUCUGAAGCCAUAAAACAAGCUUCUACGGUCCUAGCUUUACACCCUGCAUGGCUUCCAGUCCCUGAGAUGUAGCUAACUCUUUCUCCUCAUUCUGACUGGCUUGAGAAGUUCUGUAAGUGAAGAGGAGAGUUAUGUUUCCCACAGGAUCCUAUCUAUGGUAAAUGCCGAUCACUAAGAGCUAUCUUGUCUAGCUGUGCCUUGUGUCAAAUCCAGUACAGUAUGUUACAGUUAGAUUUGUAGCCUGUUAAAGAAAGGUUGUAGUUGAGCAAAGACAUUCUGGGAGGUUAAAGAUUUUUCAGCAGAGCAAGUUUUUGUGUGUUUACCACUUCAUUGCUUGAUAUCUGUCUGGCUGCUAUUUUUUCUCCCAAUUGAGACAUUGGCAUUGCAACUCUGCAUUGCCCAUGGCUCUCCUUCCCCAAGCAAGGCUCCCUAGCAAUCUUACAAUGGCACUUUGUGCAUGGAGCCAGCUGCACAGUUGAACAGAGUACAGUUGCAUAAGCCGUGUUGCCGCAUGAGAAUCUUGUGAAAGAGCUCCCAGAUGAUAUUGGGUCCAAUGAGAGUGCUUCUCCAUUUACACCCAUCUAUCUGUGGAAGAAAUGAAUGACAGACUAAGAAAUCCAGGGCAGUAAAGGAGAAUAGAAAAAGUAUUUUACUCAAUAGAAAACUGCUUGGUCUGGAAUUUUGUUCUCCACAGAGAGUGAAAUGGGUCUAGCCAAAGAUGUAACGUCUCUUAUUUCUGGGAGCCUUGUGAACCUUCCCUAAAUUUGUGGUAAAAAGUGAGUGUAAUCCUUCAGAGUAAUUUGGCAACGAACAAAUUAGCACAGAAUCUCUAUAAAAUGUGCGCUUAAAAGUCAUUUUCUAACGUGGCAGCAUCAGCAGCAUUGGUGGUUGCUAGUGGGCCUUAGUACUUGACUGAUCCCCUGCCACAGAAUUUGAAGUACGCCUGUGGCAUCAUUUCAACAGUUUCCGUGUGGCAACUACACAUGGAGUUAUACAGAACUGUUAAGUCCUGAGUCAAAGUGACAAUAAAACAUUUGGUAGCUGCAGUAGCUUGUCUCGCCAUGUUGCAGGGAUGAUCAAAGUAGCCGCUGUGAAGGCAGAGGAGCACCAUUAAUGACAAGACACUGAUGACCCCUUUACUGUGAUGCAUAGUCCUGUUUACUGUUGCACUCCCCAUGUGUUUACUGUAAUUCUUAAAAGCCUGUGUGGUGUGGUGUGUACUGUAGCUCAUUCUCCUACUUGUCACUGGGAUGAAUGAGCAAUAUGCUAUCUAUCCUAUGGUCUUCCUUGGUAGCAAUUUUUGUGUAUGUGUGCCUGUUCCACCAGGAACUGAUCUGAACAAGCAGGAUUUCAAACCAGUUCAACUCGGUUAAAUUUCAGAGGAAAAGCAGUUUUAAAGGGUUAGAACAGGGUGCUGAUACAGGCCACCUUCAUAUUGCUGCAUCGCAGGGGAUCCAACUAGAUGAUCCUCAUGGUUCCUUCCAACUCUGAUUCUAUGAAAUGCAAUUUUAAAGGGUCUAGAUUGAAGCAGAAGGGGGGGAAAUGAGUUAGAUUUCUUGUUGAAGUAUACUCCUCAUGAAGAAAACUAACACAAUCAUCACCAUUCUAUCAUUUAUUCAAUUUGUAUCCUGCUCCUGCUCCUAAAGGAGUCUGGGAUGUGGAGGACACACGAAUCUGCAUCUUCUCUGAAAUACGGCAUCAUACCAAAGAGACCCAAUUCACAUUGCGCAAGAUGCAGUCAGAAUUGACUCAGCUUUUUCCAGGCAAUGGUUAAUGUUUUGCUAGUUAAAGGAAAACCAUUUGUUACUGCAAGAAUUUGAGAUAAUAUGUAAUGGCCUUUUCAACCAUUGCUUAAAAGUAUUGAAAUCUGUAUCCAAAGUUCCCAGUCUUGUGACCUGGCUUGCUGCCUCAGCUUGUCUCGAACACUCCUUCAUUCAGGAAACUUCCCAAAGACUCACAAAUUUCCUUGGGAAACUUUACUGUUGCUCUGAUUAACUGCACCUGAGAGACCUGCAGGACUGUAAAGCAUUCCUACAUUGCUGGAGUCCUAGACCUUCGACUAAUUAAACGGUCUAUGGCCUUGAAAACUGUGGAGGUAUUGUUUUUGUUUGCUAUUAUGGCAUGCAUUUUGUGUUUUUACAUUGAAAAUCACCCUGUGAUCUUCAGAUGUAUAGAAGUUUAAUAAAUGAUAAUGGUAAUGAGCAAGGUUUCAGGUUCAAUACUUGUCACCCCCAGUUAGAACGUUCUCAAACAGUGCCUGAGAGCGUGGGGGGUGCAGGGGGGGCCGGCUGCACCGGGUGCAACAUCUGGGGGUUAGGGUUAGGGAGUGCAAAUCCACGGGUUAGGGGGCGCAAAUUACUUGCCUUGCCCCGGGUGCUGACAAACCACGCUACGCCACUGCCAGUCGGAGAGAUGUCCUUGUUUAGAUGGGCCAGUCCUAAGUCUGCUUCCUAAACAGAACCCUCUACUUUUGCACUGAAUGAAGCUCUUGUGCAUUUCUGGAAGGGAAAAGGAGUCUUCUUUAUAGGACCAGGUUGUCGUCUGACAAUUGAUAACUGCAAGCUCUACACAAGAGUAGUGGCCACUUUAUGACACCAUGAUGAACCAUUUCUCUUUUUUCUUUUAAUUCUGUGGUGUUCUGUUUCAGAGUAAGGGUUGCUUCUGAGUGCUUCCUUGCAAGAGUCUUAUCUUUGUCUUGUGAUGACACACAUUUUAUGUCAGCAGUGCCGGAAAGUAAAUAUUUUCUUCUCAAGCUCAUUACCUCCAACAUUUGUUUAAAAAGAUUGACUCCUUUUGAUAUUUAUUUGGUGUAAAUGUUCUUCUAAAUAAACUUUUUCUUUUAGCCAAUUAGCAGAAACAGUCAUUUUUUUUUAAAGUGUCUAUAUGAUGCUAAGAGAUUUAUAUCUCUUCUGAAAAUGCACAAUGUCCCAUUUAAGCAGGCUGCCCAUAUACUCUUCCCUUCCCUAGUAGAUUUGGUUUGGACAAGGGAGCUAUCAUUAUAAUAUAUUAUUUUAUUUUAUUGCAUCCUGAGUGCAACUUGUUAGAGUAAGUCUGCAGUCUCUGCCAUCUGAAGACGGUAAUUAAAUGCAGGCUUUGUGGCCUCAACAUCAUUUUCACCCAUCUCCUCCUUUCCCAUUUUGCUUAACAUCCAGCCUGAUGAAGAGUUGUGGAGAACUCAAAGGCUUACUCAUUUGUUUCGUGAUAUUUUGGCUGAUCCUAAUAGUGGAAUUUCCAAAUGAUGGGCUUUUGGGUUUUUCUGCACUCAGCUCUCUCUGUUUCUUGUAUUCCACAUCAAUAUGACCUGUUAGGCUUCAGACCACACUAACCUGUUUGAUGCUGUUGUCUGAUCAGCUUGCUUGAUGUUCUGCCGAAAUGUAAGGAAAGGAUUCUAAUAUGACUGGCAACUAUCUCAACAAAAGGCAUUGGUCUGGGAUGCAUGGGCUCAGGAGAGUUUGUUGCAUUAUGUUGUCCUGUCUUAAAAGACACGGAGUCAUAGAAUUGUAGAGUUGGAGGGGACCUCAGGGUCAUCUAGUCCAACCCCUGCAAUGCAUGUUAACCCAUCUAUCUUUCUCAACAGAAUGUUGUUUCUGAGGACAGUCACUGAAUUUAAGAUGAGAACUCUAACCCCCGCCCUGCCCCUCAGAGUAUUAUAGUUAUUGACAUUCACCACGAAGGAUAAUCUGUUGUAGUAUAAUGGAUUAUUAACUAUGGCUUAGGCUCAGAUCUCCCCUCUAGCCACAAACUCAGCAGGUGCCAAGCGGCCUUCAAUCUGACACCUUACGUGUCUGAAUCUUAUUUGCACAUUUAAUAAUAUCCCAGGCAAGAUUUAAUAACUGUAAUUUAAUUAAUGCAGCUGAUUAAGAACAGUACCUGACUAAAACGCUGAUCUAUUUUUCUUCACCCUGUGCUCUGUGAUCCCUGUACUAGUUCAUAUCAGGCCAUGGCCAAGAGCAAAAUGUGUACAAGUGGUGCAAAUUCUGUGUUGUUUCAAUAUAUAUCAACUGCUGUGGGGGGAGCUAGUUAUGCAAUUCGAGAUGUAAGAAUGCCGUUUUCCUUCCCACUGCAGCAGUACCUAUUUAUUGACUUGCACUGGCAUGCUUUUGAACUGCUAGGUUGGCAGAAGCUGGGACACAUCAAUGGGAGCUCACUCCGUCACACAGAUUUGAACCUUACCUUUUACCUUUAGUAAAUAGCUCUUUACAAAGACUAAUCCAUUCUCAUUUCAUAUCCAUCACAGUCAGCUGUGUCAUUAAUUGGAGUAAUCCGUGUUUUGGUUUGUUCUGGCUUAGCUUUCUCUGUAGAUGAGACUUGGACUGCUCUUUGCAGCGAAACUGUUUAGCCUUAUUGUGCCAGUGCAGAGGGAAAGAGCUGGCGCUGACUCCCUGCUACCCACAGUUAAGAGAUGGGGGGCCAAGGGCCACACUCUUGUUUCUCUGGUGCUGCCACAGUAACAGGCAUCUCUGCCAUGUGAGUGAAUUUGUGAAAAGUGUAGAGUCAGCUUCCAUUUGGGUGUUUGGGAAGCACCAUGCAAUGAACUUUGACAGGUGUCAGUCACCCGACAUCAUUGACACCACAUGAUUGACAAAUGUGUUGUCCCACCCACCUGUCAAAACUGAUCUACAGGGUGCAAUGAGAUCAGGAUAUGCUUUUUCCAAACCAACCAACCCCCCCACCCCGCACAUGGGUUUUACUUCCUCCCCCUUCUUAGGUAUUUGCUGAACAGGAUUGGGGGGAGAGGAAACAGUUCAAAAUGACAGUUUUAAACUGCCCUUGAGGAAUCAUGAAACAGUUUCUAGGCAACUAUGGGGUUUGGGGGGUCUCUGCUUCCAGAUCAAAGUCCCAACCCAGCUCAUGCUUUAAAUGAAGCCUUGCUCACUCUUACAAAUGGUCUUCGGGUUGAUAUGUUGUAGCUUAGCGCUACUGUUUAGCUCUGAAAUCUUGAUUCUGUUCUACUGUUCUUUUCCUUUGAAGGCCUCUUGGUGGAGGGUUAUUGUUGAUGUGCUUCCUCUGCCCUGGACUUCUUGUCUGUCUCUCAAGCAGAGUACAGUGGUACCUCAGGUUAAGUACUUAAUUCGUUCCGGAGGUCCGUUCUUAACCUGAAACUGUUCUUAACCUGAAGCACCACUUUAGCUAAUGGGCCCCCUGCUUCCACCACAUGAUUUCUGUUCUCAUCCUGAAGCAAAGUUCUUAACCUGAGGUACUAUUUCUGGGUUAGUGGAGUCUGUAACCUGAAGCGUCUGUAACCUGAGGUACCACUGUAACUCUGAAAGGAAUGGAGAAGUCCCUGACAUUUAGCAGACAUAAAUCUCUCUUAAUUUUUUAACAUAAAAAUUGAAUGAUUAUCAGUACGUUGUAUAUUUAAUGUGGAAGUCAAAGCUACUGGCUCUGCUGCAUUAAAAGAUCUAAAUUGUUGCACAUAAGAUCAUGGUCCUGCAGCCUGAAACUUGUGGGAUGGGCUGCCAAAUCUUAAUAUAUUUUUUUAAUACACACCUGUACUGAGAGGAGAACACCGAGGAAAACUGGAAAAUUUUGGGUGGGGAAAGUUUUUUCUAAAUCGAAAAACUGGAAAUUUGGGGAAAAUACAAAACCAGAACCUCUUUAUGUGGUACUUGGUCUUUUAGAAUGAGUGAUUUAUGUAUUUUAUUAGAGUAGUGGCUUAAAAUAAUCCUGCUACAAAACUUGAAAACAUGGUUUCAAGUUUGCUUCUUUUGAACGCAGCUUGUCAAUUCAGAUGAAAUAAACACGCGGAAAACUCACAUCUGAAAUGGCAAUGUCCAGAAACCAGCAGGAAAACAUUUCAGUCUGCCAGGUCACUCUGAAAAAAGGAGCUUUGAAGGGAGACUCCAGCAUGAAACUGCUGAAUUGCCUUUUGAACAGAAACUCAAUUCUAGCACCUGCAACUUGAAAUGACAAGAUUUUUUAUUAUCCUUCAUGUGUUAAUUAGCUUACCAAUGCCAGGAUGUGUGUCUUAACACCAACGCAGCCUUGUUAAUCAUUGCUGUAACUUGCUUUUACAUAAUUAUUAUUUUCUGUCCUUUUUGUUUUCUUCUGACGUCAACUCCGUUUCUUCCUUCCCCCAUAUUCAUGCAAGCCCUGUGUUUGCAUCUAUGCCUGCCAAUUUAUUGCAGUCUGCAGAUGAGGACUAGGCCAUGUGAAAAAUAAAUGUGAGAUUUUAGCUGCAGUUCAUUCAUUACCAGCUUUGUAUUUUUGCAGGGGUGAAACUGGGCUUUCUUUCACCCUGACACACACCUGUGCGGACACACCCACCCCUCAACACAUUUGUUCUUAAAGGUGCAUAUUGCAUAAAAAGUAGGCAAUAUAUUGUUUGACAUCGUGUCUGUUAUGGCAUGGGCAGCUUCCAGAGGCUUCAGCUGAACUCAAGAUUUGCACUCUAAGGUUUAGAAAUAUUAAGAAAAGCUUUUGCCAUAAAUUUUGAAGCUUGAAAGUUCCCCCAUGUUUAACUUGUCUUUAAAAGUAACAUCCUGACCUCCGCAGCCUAAAACACGGCCAAUUCUGAGAAAGGAGGGGAAAAGGGUGUGCUAAUGUUUGUUGUUUGAAAGAGGCUGGGGAAAAGUUAGUAUCUCUAAAUAAUAAAAAAGUAAGAGAGAGAGAGAGAGAGGAUCUCCUCAGAGAGUAAUAGCUCAUUUGAGGAAUCCUAAGAAUUAUUAUGACUGUAUGACCAAAGAGAAAAUGACCGUCCCUUCCAAUAAAAGUAAAUUGUUUGUCAAAAGUAGAGCUUCCUUGUACAGCAAUUGUCUAUCUGAGGUUGGGUUUUGACUUGGAUUUAUUUAGUCAAAGGAUCAUUAAAAGGCUGUAUUUCCAUAAGAUCAACCAAGACCUUCUGGUUCCCAUUUAAAAUGUUUUGUUUUUCUGUAUCUUUGAGGAUUCCUUUUAAUUUUAUUUUUGUUUGAUUAGUCAUUUCAGGAGAUGAUGCUUUCCUACGUAUUAAAAAAUAAAGUUUUUUAAAAAAACAUUUAAAGGAAGCCAUCUCUCCCAUUCUUAUUUCAGACAUCGUGAUAUAUUGGUAUAUCACGAUGUUUAGCUGGUGAUAUAUUGCGGUGUUGAAAACCAGAUAUCACCCAGCCCUAGUUGGCACUGUGCAAAAUAAACUGGAAACAUCAGCAAACUAUUAAUAAAACAAACCCCUGGUCUUGGAACCAAGGGAGACCCUGUGCAUGUGGGAGGCAUCUUCACUCUCAUGAUAGUGUAAGGAACUCCAACCUGAACCCAAAGAUGUGCCCCAGUUUACGCAGAAGCUUCUGCAUGCAAAGGCAGGAGGACGAUUGCUGUGGAAUUUCCCUGCCCAAUAUCAAUAGUUUAACCGUGCCAGCUUGCCUUUAAUAGCACUGGCCAGUGCUUCUUCGCUUCUGCUUACAAUUCUUUGGAUCCUGCUCGUUACCUUUAGUCAUUAAUAAUAAUAGUAAUUAAUGUCAUUGUUACUUAACUGAACAGGAGUUGAAUGUUCCUAUUCAUAAACAAGGACUUAAGUGGAAUAAUUUUUGUUAAGAUAUUUCAUUGCUGGUAGUGGUUAAAGGUUUUGACCAGGGGCAUCAUCACAGCAGUUACUAGGCAUAAAAGUAAUUGUUGCUACAUUUUAUGUACCUGUUGGUACUAGGAUACUAAAUGUGGGAAACAUUUAUGGAGAGCAGUCAAGCACUCUGGCUGAGAAGCACUGGUAGAAUAACUACUUUGGGAGUGGCUGUCCACUUGGCUACAUAGCUGGUUAACUGUUCACACCCUGGACAAGUUGCUGGAAAAUGUGACCAUCUAUAUUUCCUUGUGUUUUCACCUGAUGAAUUGCAUUUCUCCUUUGGAUUUUAUCUAUGCUAAAUCUGAGCAGUGGUCCAAGCCAAAUUGCUGGAAAGACUGAUUCAGUAGCGUGAAAAGUAUGUGUAUUCAUGAGAAUCUUGCGGAACACCCAAAAGAAAUAUAUCCCAUUGGUGGGCUGGUUAUUUUGAACUAGGUAGAGUGCAGAGAAGGUCCUCUCUAAGGAGGAGAUCUCUGUGUCAACGUAACUUAGAUUCUUGUAGCCCAAACUUACUCUGCUUAGAUGGUAGUUCAGUGCAGUCCUGGCCAUGUUGAGCACCAGCCAGCAUGAUCAGUGGUCAAGGAUGAGAGGUGUGGAAGGCCAUCAAGUUCUGGAGGGCUACAGGUUUAUUGAUUGUUCUACCAUGGCCAAAAGAAAACAGAUUGCAUAGGAACCAUUAUGUUGCUUUUGAAAGGUAUACUGGUCAAAACCGAAGUCUGCCUCUGGUCGUACUGGAUAUAUAUGGGACAGAAAACCUUCUACUAGAGUGACUUGAACAGGUGUUGUAAAGAAACUUACCCCUCCCUCAACAUAUUUUAAAGUAAGCAAUAUGGUACUUUGCAGUGGGGAAACAGGAUCCUAUAGCCAGCUUUUGCCUGAUGGCUACAUGAAUAGCCAAAAGUAGAUUAUUUGAGUUUUCCCCACCCUUUCUUUGAUUAUUUGUUGUAGUAAAAUAAUACACUCAGAUGUGUUUUUCGGACUAUAAACUUUAGAGUGGAGAAGGAGAAGUUUUCUACAACAGUCUCUCAUGUCAAAGUUGGAAAUGCUUCAGAGAAACCAUGUUGUAACUCUUCCAUUCUUUUUCUUUUCAGAUUUGUCUCAAGUUGUAAAAAAAAACAACAACCCCAAAAACAAACAGCACCCUAAACGCACUGGUAGCUUAAAGCUUCUGAAGAAAAAUGGCACAACUCUUGUAGAGAAGAUGGCCCACUAGAUUCUCAGGGAAGGGCACAAAUCUCAAGAUGGCAGCGCAGAGGAUUCGUGCUGCCAAUGCCAGCGGGCUCCCACGGUGCAGAUCUGAGGGGACACUGAUUGACCUGAGUGAAGAAUUUUCUGAAACCAGCUUCAGUUCCGUCAAAGGUGAGAAGGUUUUUUGUAUGUAAGUUGGAGCACCAAAUCUGAAGUGCCUACAAGAGAAGGGAGUCUGUAUGCACCAUCACAGUAAAGUCACCAAACUAACUCAGUAGUCACCAGUCUUUUCAGACCAGUGGGCAUAUUUCAAAUUGUGAGAGAGCACCGGCAGCACCAGUCACAAACUAGCAGCUAUGGGGCAGGGAGCAUGGUAUAAUACAAAAUGGCUACCAUGGGGAGCAUGACAUAACCCCAAAUCAGAAACACAGCCAGCCCGGACAACCUUCUGCUUACCAUGGGAAGUCAGCUACAUCCUGCUGGUCCUGAUUGUGGAGAUCAGACAGUGUUGAUUUUGCGCAUGCACACCCACUGAUGUUGUUGCUGUGUAACGGCAACAGGGAGCAUUCCACAGUACCUGGAAAAACAUGCAAGGCAGCUACACCACAUUGACUCUCAUUUCAUAGAAAUUGCUUAGUAGCUUUCUGUGCAGUUUGCCCCAUAACUUUCUGGAAGGACUAGAUGCUUCUUUUUUCUUUUUAAAAAAUGAAAGCUUAAGAGUUUGGGACCCUUCCCAAGGAGCAGCAGUGGAAAUCUUCAGCGGGGUUGGUGACCCCUGCCCUAGCUCAUGCUUUUUGCUCUUGUAGCUUUGUCUUCCAGAUGUGCAGCAGGCAAAGCAUGGUGGGUGGGAUAAGUGAAAAAGCCCUGUUCUGGUCACUACAAGCCAUUUAACAUAAGCUAACUCAUGGUUUCUGACUCUGAUUUGCCAGACUAUUGGAAGCAAUAGUUUGUCAGUCACACACCACACCAAACCGUAGUUACGCUUCCUUAACUGUGAUUUGACGCAUUGUCUGAAUUGUGCCUUAAAGUGUCACAUGCUCCUAUUUCUUGAUCAUACUACUUACCGUAUUUUUUGCUCUAUAAGACUCACUUUUCCCCUCCUAAAAAGUAAGGGGAAAUGUGUGUGCAUCUUAUGGAGCGAAUGCAGGCUGCGCAGCUAUCCCAGAAGCCAGAACAGCAAGAGAGAUUGCUGCUUUCACUGCACAGCGAUCCCUCUUGUUGUUCUGGCUUCUGAGAUUCAGAAUAUUUUUUUUCUUGUUUUCCUCCUCCAAAAACUAGGUGCGUCUUGUGGUCUGGUGCGUCUUAUAGAGUGAAAAAUACGGUACAUAAUACUUCAAAAUAUUGUUUUGGAAUGAAAAGAUUUCUGUAUGAAUGCUCUUCUAAAAAGUUUUCCAAGAGUUAAUACCUUAUGUUUAGAAUAAGUAAGUGUGGCAUGGCUUGAAGAAGAAAUAUCAGGCACAUCAGCACAUUUAGCAGAAUUUUUUAAUUCCUCAUAGGAAAUGCUGUGGCGGGCAGAUUAUGAUGAAAGUAUUGUGUAUUGUUUCAGCAGCUAUAUUUGCUGCAUGAUUCUGCUUUGGAAUUCAGUCAGUGGAUACAAGAUUGACUUAAUGGUUACUGAAAAUAACCUUGAGCCAGAGAUGGAAAACUUUGGUUUAGUGAAGCGGCUUUCCUUAGCCACCUGUCCCUGGGGUGGGCAGAGGAGGGCUCUGCUGCUGUGUUCGCUUUGUCUUCCCCUCUAUCCACAAGAGUGGAAAGAGGAUGAAUAACUUCACAUUACCAGGAGAAGAGGUCAUCUUGGCAUCUUCCUUCACGCAGCAUGAAGCACACCCGUUUGUAUCCUGCUGUGUGCUUUUAAUGUCUCCAACACCAAAUACACUUUUUUACCCCCCCCCCAGCAUUUGCCCCAUUAGUGAUAAGGCUCCAUCUGCAAAACCUGCUGCUUCGCGUAUGUGCCGUCACCAAGACCUAAUUCUCGCUGAGGCUGCGCCAUUUUAGAGUACGGGGCAGGGCUUUUGUGAUGACUGAAUAUUCUGCUGUACAAAAAGGACCUGAACAAGCAGCAGACGGGCAUCUCUUUGAGAGACCAGGUUCAGAGACUUCAGUAAAACUCUUUGGUUGGUUGCUAUCUGCCUGACUUCAGGGGCAGGGUGGCUGGAGAAGACAGCCUGGUCUCAUAAUAUGGGAAAGGUCAGCCUUCACUCAUCCAGCUCACAAACCAUUAGAGAUUUAUGAACACAAUCUUUUGCAUUAUGCCUGAGAAAAUACUGGCAAUCAGUGUAGUUGUUCACCUUUUUCACCAGCCAGGUUUUACUGAUGGGGAUGGGGUGGUAAACAGCUGUUUUGUCUAUACUGUCAGUGAUUAUUAACCUACAGGAAGUAGUAAUAUCGUAAGAUUUUUGCCUUAGAAAGAGGCAUUUCCUUUUCAUUUACCAACGCCUGAAGCACAUUUGGUAGGAAUGCAAAAGAGGGUCUUCUCAGUGGCUGCUCCAAACUCUGGAACCCCUUACCGAGAGAAGCCUGACUAGCUCCUUCUCUGGUAAUGUUCGGCUGACAACAGAUGGGCAUUUUUAUUUAAACAGAGUGCAGGCCUCUUAGCUGGUUUUGAUUUUUACUGGUGCCCUGCAAGCUUUGUUUAUUAUUAUUAUUACUAUUAUUAUUAUUAUUACCACCUUCUAUACCACCCUUCACCUGAGGAUCGCCAGGCAGUUUACAAUAUAAAAGUACAAAAAUGCACAACAUAGUAACGAACAGAAAAAACAGUGCCCUCCCCAAUAUAUGCCCCCCCCCCAAUGUCUGAGUGGGUAUCCAAAUGAAGUUGGUGUUUAUAUGAAGUAGGUUCAAUUCUAGCAAGGGCAUUAAGGCCUUCAAAGCAUUACAUAAUAGAUGUUGAACAUUUAUCCUUCCAUGCCUGGAGCGGAGGGUGUGUGUGAUCCUACACAUGUGCAUAAAUGAGCAUUAGGAUGCUAUUUAUGUGGCUUCCCAAAGCCAGCACACUGCAUGGGCAUGCAAGGAUUGACAUGCGUGCAGGGUCAUCACACACAAUGCUCUUUAAGCCAGCAAUACUUUAAAUUCCAGUUUCUCCCAUGAGGAGCCUUCUGUAUAGGAUGUGAUGUGUGAACUGGCCUUAAGUUCUGGUUUUCUUUGAAACUAGACCCUACAUUCAGCCACACAGGAGAGCGUUUCCUUGCUGAUUUAUUGCAUUGUGUCUGUAUUGUGGUUGGCCACCUUGAAUGUUAUCUGGUGGAAAGUUGGGAUAGAGAUUUAAUAUAUAAACAAAUGUGGACAUUCGGACUGGGUGACUUUAGGGUUCCUUUAGGCCCUAAGAUUAAUGCGCUGUCUCCUUUAAUAUGCUCAGACUGUGAUUAUCUAGUAACCCAGAUUUGUGUGCAUUAAGACCUCUAAGCUUCUCAGCCGCAGAUUAGUAUCUUCAUUUCUCCCUACUCAUUUACAUCAGCUCUGCUUUGGUUUGCCCUGCUCAGCAGUUAUCUUCCUUAAGAAUAAUGGAUGCAAAGCAUUCCUUAAGUGUGGCUUUCCUCCUUGUCUAAGUUACCUUGAAGCAUUAACGUUCUUAUCAUGCUGCAGCUUCCUCCCAUUGUACGUGGUGUUCUGAGCCUUCUUCGGCAAUGAUAUAACACUUUGCCUCUUUGCUGUAAGAUUUAAUUCCACUUAAGAUUCAGCAACGUGGAAUCUCAUAUUUUGUUUUUCCUUUGAAUUUAUUACUGUGAGCCUUUGAGAUCAGGCCAUCUCACUACUGAAUGUGUAAGCCUUCCUGCAUGGACAAAUUAUCUUCCAUGACUUGGAUAUAAUUUGCACUACCAUUAAGACUCUCUUAACUCUUUCCAACCUGGAGCAACCUGCAUUUCAGUACUGGAGAAUGUGAAAGUGGAUGGGUCCCUCAGAUUUCUGCCAGACCUUCACCUAUGCAGCUGUUUGUUUAGAUUUGGCUCUUGCUAGCCUGGAAUUGGAUUUGUAAGUUAAUGAGGCAGUUGUUUAAAAAAAUAACUAUCUGAUACAGGAGUAACCUGAUGCUUGCAAAUGCUUGUACAACAAAUACUAGUUAAAGCCUUGUAUAACAAAGCCGAAUCAGUUCGUGGCCAAUGUCAUUCUCAAUCAACUUCUUUUCCCAUUGUUGUGUGCCACUGCCCACAUUUAGCACAGCGUCUCCUUGUGGAUCUAGUGAUGAAUUUGCCCACACAUUAAUCUCCAAAUCUGCAAGUAGUUAACUCAACCAUAUCACACCCUUUCCCCAAUAGAGAUUUACAGUGCAAUGUAUGCACAUCUAUUCAUGUCUACUCAGAAAUGAGCCCUACUGAGUUCAACAAGGCUUACUCCUAGGUAAACUUGGUAUAAGAUUGCAGCCUUAGUCUCUAAUAAUGCAGAAUCCAUUAAUCUCUUGAAAAAUAAUGUGUGUGCGCGCUCGCAUGUGUGUGUUUAUGCAUGCAAAUAUCCUGAUUCAGAGUACAAGCAAAAGAGCUACAGUAUAAUUGUGCAAUGCUGGUAGAUGGUUGUUAUCACCUGCAGUUGCUCACUACGUUCUGCUUUUUGAUUUGCAGUGCCUUCUCCUAGUGCCUUGAUGAUAGACAAUCCUACGUCAUUUGGAAAUGCAAAGGAAGUUGUAGCAAUUAAAGACUACUGCCCCAACAAUUUCACCACCUUGAAGUUCUCCAAGGGUGACCACCUUUAUGUCUUAGAUACCUCAGGAGGUGAGUGGUGGUAUGCUCACAAUACCACAGAGAUGGGCUACAUCCCAGCCUCCUACGUUCAGCCUGUAAACUACCGGAACUCUUCAUUAACGGACAGUGGAAUGAUAGACCAUCUGCUUGAAAGCUCCGAUGAGGGAGCCAAAGAGCUGGACCUGCUUGGAGACUGGACAGAUUUAAACCUGAGCUUAGCCAAAAACAACCCUUUUAUGAAUAACAUGCAGACUAACCCUUUUCUGAAUGGGAAUUUGCAGAUAAUGCCUGAUAGGAACAAGGAUUGCUCCCACCAAACCACUGUGGAUUUGUUGCUGUUUGACACAGGGGUGCCCACCUUUACAGGGUCAAGUUCUGCAACUGACAGCAGUCUAGGUAACCAUCUUGAUGAGGGUCCAUCAAUGAAUGGAUUUGAGUUUGAGCAGCCAAGCAGGCGGGACAAUCCUUUUUUCAGAAGCAAGCGCUCCUACAGUUUAUCGGAGCUCUCCGUACUCCAGGCAAAGUCAGAAAACCCAGAAUCCUCAGGCUUCUUCACAGGGUUGAAAUCUCCUACCCCAGAGGAAUUCCAGAGCAGAGAAGACUUCAGAGCUGCAUGGCUGAACCAUCGAAAAUUAGCAAGGUCUUGCCACGACCUGGAUCUGUUGGGCCAGAACCCUGGAUGGGGUCAGACGCAACCUGUGGAGACCAACAUAGUUUGCAAGCUAGAUAGUUCUGGGGGAGCAGUUCAGCUUCCAGAUACAAAUAUUAACAUGCGUCUUCCUGAAGGGCAUGUGGGUGCUGGCGACACACAACAAAUCUCCAUGAAAGCUCUUUUGGACCCUCCUCUUGAGCUCAACAGCGACAAAUGCAGCACCAUCAGCCCUGUGCUAGAGAUUAAGCUGAGCAACAUGGAAACCAGAACCCCCAUCCUGCUGGAGAUGAAAAUUUCAGCGGAAGUGAAGAAUGACCCAGUGAGCAAGAGUUUGGUGGGAGUGCAGUGCCUGCGCAGCGACAUGAAAGACGGUCCAUACACACCGGUGCGACUUGGCUGUUGCUAUGGAGACACCAUCCAGGUUCAGCUGGAAAACCUGGAGCCUUGCAUGUACAUAGCCAUUGUGGCCCAGGGACAGAACAUUCCAUAUCCUUACACUGUCUGGGAUUACAUUAGUAAAAAAAUCACAGUUGGAGUCUAUGGGCCAAAGCACAUACACCCUUCUUUUAAAACUGUGGUGGCCAUCUUUGGACAUGAUUGUGCCCCCAAGACUCUGUUGGUGAAUGAAGUCACACGUCAUGCACAUUGUACAUCGGCAGUGGCGCUGCAGUUGUGGGGGAAGCACCAGUUCACCUUAGCGAGGCCGCAAGACCUAAAGCUGUGCAUGUUUUCAAACAUGACUAACUAUGAGGUAAGAGCCAGCGAGCAGGCAAAGAUCGUGAGGGGCUUCCAGAUGAAACUGGGCAAAGUCAGCCGCCUCAUAUUCCCCAUCAUGUCACAUGAUCCCAACGAACUGUAUGACUUCACCCUGAGAAUACAAGUCAAGGAUGCUAAGGAUGCUAUAUUGACUCAGUUCUGUGUUCAAACACCACAGCCUCCUCCCAAAAGUGCUAUCAGGUCAACUGGGCAGCGAAGGUUCCUGAAAAAAAAUGAAGUGGGGAAAAUAAUCCUGUCUCCUCUUGCAACCACCAGCAAAUACCCUGUCUUCCAGGAUCGGAUAGUGGCAAGCUUAAAAUAUGGGAAACUACUGAAAACUGUAGUGCGGCAAAACAAAAACCAUUAUCUCUUGGAAUAUAAGAAAGGGGAUGCCAUAGCCUUGCUAAGUGAGGAGAAAAUCAAGUUGAAAGGUCAACUCUGGACAAAGGAAUGGUACAUUGGUUACUAUCAGGGUAAAAUUGGCCUUGUCCAUACCAAAAAUGUUUUAGUGGUUGGGAAAGCCAAGCCGAACUAUUUCUCUGGGCCCGAGCUCACCACGAGUAUGUUGCUGGAGCAAAUCCUGCGGCCUUGUAAGUUUCUCACCUAUAUCUAUGCUUCAGUAAGGACUUUGCUCAUGGAAAACAUUAGCAGCUGGCGUGCGUUUGCAGAUGCUCUGGGAUACAGCAACUUGCCACUUGUUUUCUUCUGCCGAGCAGAGCUGGACAGUGAGCCAGAAUGUGUGGCUUCUGUGUUGGAGAAAUUGAAAGAAGACUGUAAUAAUUCCGACAGUAAGGAUAGGAAGUCUUUCCAGAAGGAACUGAUGUCAGUAAGUAUUCUGGUUAUUGGAAGUGUUAAAUCAGGAAUGGUCACCUGGUUUCCAGCAUUCUGUUGUGUUAAGAGCUCCCCUGAACAGGCUGCGGGGAAAAUAACUAAGGCUGUGGAAGCUCCUGCUUGUUUCUAGCACAACUGAGCACCAAAACCAGCUCUUCUUCCCUGUUGCCAUAUGUUUAAGUACCACCCAGGUGCUUCUCAAGAAACCAGGGUGCCUGAGGUAAUGACUGAGCAUCCCCUUGUACAUUACUAGCAUUACACCUAUGGAUAGCACAAUCCAACCAAUGUCUACUUAGAAGUAAGUUAUGAUGAAUUCAACAGAACUUACUUCCAGGUAAGUAAGUUUAGGAUUGCAGCCUUGAUUGUGUUAGGCUGCAGACCUAAACUUGGAAGUAGCUACCACUAAGAUAAAGGGGGCUUACUUAGGAGUAAUCAUGAUUAGGAUUGGGCUGCUAUCCAUUCUGUUUUCAAUGACUGAAGUGCAAAUACAUGGCAUUGUACAAUGUACAUUUCCUUGCCAGGUGAUUAAAUCAAGAGACAAUCACAGAAAAAUCUUUGACUGGAUCCCUUUCCCAGCUCAGAGGUGCAUUUUUAGGAUUAAGUAACCGCAGGUAAAUUUCAUCUUUGGGUUGCAUCUCCCUCCGAAAUUGCUCAUUAAAACUUUCCUUCAGUGAGCAAGGAAGUGCAGUGCAACUGACAAAUUGAAAGCCAGGUCUCUCGGGAUUUGGGCCUUCUUAAUAAAAGCGCUACUUUUUUCAUUAAGUAAAAAUGACCUUCCAGAAAUCCAUCUUGUGGAACCAGCUAUAUAAUUAUUUUACUUCUUCCUCAAGAGUAUAGAAAACUUUGUGUGCUCAGGGAAGUGUUAUACAGUAGUUACCCUCAUUUAAAGCUGCUAUCAAGCUGCCCCCUUUUAAAAAAAGAAUGUUUAAAGGAAACUGAAUUGAACACCCAGUGUCUAAAACCAUGAUGCACAACACAUGUCAUAUACACAAUACAUGUUGAUUGGUUUAAUUCCUACAAGAAUUCUACCUAAAUGAUGAAAGCUCUUUUAGAAGAUGCUAUAAAGUGCCGGGACACGGGUGGCGCUGUGGGUUAAACCACAGAGCCUAGGACUUGCCGAUCAGAAGGUCGGCGGUUCGAAUCCCUGCGGCGGGGUGAGCUCCCAUUGCUUGGUCCCUGCUCCUGCCAACCUAGCAGUUCGAAAGCACGUCAAAGUGCAAGUAGAUAAAUAGGUACCGCUCCGGCGGGAAGGUAAACGGCGUUUCCGUGCGCUGCUCUGGUUCGCCAGAAGCAGCUUAGUCAUGCUGGCCACAUGACCUGGAAGCUGUACGCCAGCUCCCUCGGCCAAUAAAGCGAGCUGCUCUUUGUGGCUGGGGGGGGGGGAACCCGGGCUUCCCCUGGCAGCCCCGACAAGCUCCUUAAUAGCUCUGGGUAGCCCGCGAAGCCUCUGCAGGGCAGUGGGGAGCCUUCAUCCCGCUGCCCUGCGGAGGCUUCGUGCGGCUAUCCCUGGCUUUUGUGGGAGGUGGGGGAAGGGACAGAGCGAGGCUCUCUCACUUCCCCCACCUCCUGCAAAAGCCCCCAAGAGCCACAUAUUUUUUUUCUUGAACCCCCCCCCCCCAAAAAGCAGGUGCGCCUUAUGGUCAGGUGCACCUUAUGGAGCGAAAAAUACGGUACAUUUGAAUUACAUUCUUCCGGCACUUCUUUUGAAGUGUGACUUUUGAAUUUAAAGUAUUCUUCUUUGGUAUGCUGCCUGCUGCUGUGGUGUAAAUGCUAAGGUAUGCUUCAGAAAUGGUAUGCUUCAGUAAAUGCUAAGGAAGAGCAUUGUUACUACUGUGAAGUAAUAGCCAAGUGCCAGGCAAGUGGUCACUUUAGAGCACGCAGAAGAGAUCCACAGCCUCUUUCGCCCCAGAAAUUGAAAUAGUACAAUUAGGAGGAAUUAAAACUCCUGUUGUCAAAUUUGCUAAUCCCAGCAGGAGUGUAGUAAUCACUUUUAAGAGCAUGUGGGCUAUAAUGUAAUUAAUGCACAUUAUUGAAGGCCAGACCACAGGGAUUCUCCUGUCUAUGCUGCAUAUCCUAAUGCAUAAGCUAGUUUUGCAGUGCCUUUGCACACACGUAAUUAAAAUAGGAUAUUUACAUUUAAUUUAAUGGAAUAGCAAGGUCCUAGAAUAGAAUAUCAGAAUUGUAGAGUUGAAAGGGACUCCGAGGGUCAUCUAGUCCAACCCCUGGAAUGCAGGAAUCUCAGUUAAACCAUCCAUGACAGAUGACCAUCCAACCUCUGCCUAAAAACCUCCAGUGAAGGAGAGUCUGUUCCACUGUGCAUCAGCUCUUACCAUCAGCGGUUCAGUUGGAAUCUCCUUUCUUGUAACUUGAAGCCAUUGGUUCAGGUUCUGCCAUCUGGAGCAGAAGAAAACAAGCUUGCUCCGUCUUCCAUGUGACAGCCAUUUGAAGAUGGCUAUCAUAUCUGUUUGACAAUGGAACAGACUCCCUCAAGUGGUGAUGGACUCUUAUUCAUUGGAGAUUUUUAAGCAGAGGUUGGAUCCCAUCUGUUAUGGAUGUUUAGUUGAGAUUCUUGCUUUGCAGGAGAUGGACUAGACGAUGCUUGGGGCUUUCCAACUCUACGAUUCUAUGAUUCUGUCUUCUCUCAGUCUCCCGUUUUCCAGGCUAAACACUCAACUCCCUCAACUGUUCCUCAUAAGGCUUGGUUUCCAGACCUUUGAACAUCUUGGACAAAUUAUUUACACACUUCUAUUUUGCUUGGCUAAGAACUAAGCAUUACCUGAACGUACUCCUGUUUGGAGUAUCUAUAUAACUAGACAGAGAGGGGAAUAUAAAUAUAAAACAGUAGUGGUUUUUCUCUAUCUUCUGAUCUCCUACAGAAAUGGCCUGAUGCUCCAGUGAGGUUGGGUGUCCAUGGCUAACUUGACUUGUUCUGCAUUCCUUCAGGCCUUGCUGAAAAUGGACUGCCAGGGCUUGGUUGUGAGGCUAAUUCAGGAUUUUGUGCUUCUGACUACGGCUGUGGAAGUGGCCCAGCGCUGGAGAGAGCUUGCUGAGAAACUGGUCAAGGUCUCCAAGCAACAGAUGGAUGCUUAUGAGGCCCCCCAUCGAGACAAGAACGGAGCUGUAGAUAGUGAGGUAAGAAAGCUUUCAUGUAAUACAUUCUGGGUUUUGCUGGAUGGUUCACUCGGCACUAUAGGUUGGAAAAACAGUUUGCUAUUAUGUACAGCUCCCUUUUUGAUCUUGAAUGAUGACAAAAGUGCACAGCAAUUUUUGUUGCAUGUUUGCUGUGGUAAAAAAAGUGGCCACACAGGAAGAAAUGCAUUCCGCCUUGAGUGUUAUUCCUCUUCCGUGGUCUUGCAGGUGUUGUAUUUAUCGCGAAACGGUAUCAAAGUGAAAUGGCUCGCCCUUCCUAGUACUUACAAUCUGAAUGCUGGCCACCCUCAGAUUUAAUCUGUUUUCCAUGUUCACAUUUAGCUGGAGUGGUUCAACAGAACAGGGAAAGUUGGCGCAGACAGCACUGGGUGUUUCUUUCCAUCCAGCUAACUAUUGCCUCUAUUUGUAAUGUUGAAAGAGUCAUUGAAAACCCCUCAGUACUUACAAGAAUACCGAGCCAUUUGUCAGCUGAAAAUUUGAGUUAGACCCAAAUUUGCAGCACACGAAGCAUCUAAUUUGACAGCAGUGUUUCUGGACUUAGUGUUCUGUCUGAGACCUUUUCCUUAUUCUGUCCUCUAGCGUUUGAUUUUGCGGGAAACCCUUUAAUAAAAAGAAAUGUAGCUUAGCCUACUGCAGUAUUUCUCAUAAAUUUGUUCUGAUAUGGUUUAUUCUAGGACUGAAAUUCCUGCCUUUCUUUUGGUCUAGUUCUCAUUGAAGUCGCAGCUGGUGUCAAGGCUGUGCCACUUCAGCCUAUAUGUGUUGAUUCAGAAUGGAUGAAUAUCUUCGGUAUAUAUUUCAGGAUUUUUAUCCCACGUGUGGUCCAGUUAUAAGAAUGAGACAGCCCUUGCUCUUGGGUCUGCAAGAGACUGCAGAGACGGUGUACCCAAGAUGGUUUGGUUUGGCUGACCUAAAUCCUAUUGGCAGAGCAGUCUUGUAUGCUGUGUUAAUGCUGGUUUCUUGUCUUUGGCAGGCAAUGUGGAAACCAGCCUAUGACUUUAUGCUCACAUGGAGCAAUCAGAUGGGAGACAGUUAUCGCGAUGUGACACAAGAGCUGCACAUUGGCCUUGACAAGAUGAAAAACCCCAUCACAAAACGCUGGAAGCAUCUCACUGGAACACUAAUUUUAGUCAACUCCCUGGAGAUUUUGAGGGCGUCUGCCUUCAGCCCACAAGACCAUGAUGAUUAUGCUAUAUGAAGGGGAGCCCUAACUUCUCGAUGCUUCUUAUUUGUAUGUUUUUAACUAAAAGACAGUGGGAAGACACUUCUGCAAAGCCAAAGUUUUGAGCAAUAGUUUCUGUGCUCAGACUGCGAACUUCCUACUGUUGCCUCUCCCUGGUGCAGAAGACACUCAAGACUCUUGUUUUCUAUGCUCUGUGGUUGACAGCUUUUCUUAAUUUGUAACAUUUAAAAUGGAACUUUUUUAGGCAUUUGCAGAUAUCAGCCUUGAAAGUUGAAAUUACUUUGGAGAGCUACCAUUUCUGUGUAACAUGAAACAGAUUUUUGCCCCCUUUAAAACUAUCAUUCCUCAAUGAUAUGCAUUAAAGUGAAGCACAGUCAGGCAUCUUGCAAGCAUUUGCAAUUUCUAAUGUGCCGCUCUGAAAACAGUUUAUACAUUAGUGUGCUAACACGCCCCCCCAUCCAGUGAUCCUGUCGGUCUUAUAACGACUCUCCAUGGUUCACUUUUAUGUACACCUUUUUGUAAGGAAGAAAAAGCACACUUCCUCCCCCACCCCCCCUGAAGUGAUUUUGUUACCUAAAAUUUAGGACUGUGUGCUAGUGCCCAAGCUGCUUCAGAUCCAUGAUUAGAAAUAACUAGAAACAAUUUCAGAUUAUAGGACCGAUCCAUCCCCUUUCACAUUUUAGAAAAUUGUAAUGGAUACCAUUUAUGGUCAAAUAGCAUUUCACAGGUCCAUCCUCUAACAGUAGUGUCUUGACCAUCUCUGCUGGCAGGUGACUGUCACCAGAAGUUUACAUUUUAUUAUUUUAAAUGCAGAAACAAGUAUUCGAUAGUGGUUCUUAAGUGUGCCAUUGUUUAAGCUGAAGUUUUAGGAUUAGUUCUUUCGAGGGUCAUUGCCCUGUGUUGAGGCUGCACCAAUUGAAACUCACAUGACCGAAUGUGUCUCUAUUCCACACAUUCUCUGGAUGCAGAAAACUGGCUCCUCAAAGGGAAGCCUAUAGUCCGCUCCCCCUCCCCAUAACACAUAGAGCAGCCGUCUGCAACCUCCAAAGGUUCUUGAGCUCCAUCAGCCUUAGUGCGCAUAGGGAUGAUGGCAGUAUAGCCUCAAACAUCUGGAGGACCACAAGUUGUGAAGAGCAUACUUACCAUGUGAGGCCCUGCAUGCAGUCUGAAGUAUUUUCAGCCUAGACACAUUUUCCACCUUAAGUAAGAACUAGACCUACCUCUGAUCAGGUGCCUAGUUGGUCACUCAGAAAUGCUUGACUUGACAGCACUCUCUCAUUGUGUUCCCAAGGGUAUUCUGUUCAUUUAUUAGCCCUUAGGUCACUGGGAUUCACCUUAUGUGCUGUAUGAGCAUUCAAGAGCUGAUGAUGUCAUGUACCAUAUAAAGCUAUAGAAAGAAGUCUAGUUGUACAACUUUCAAAUGAAGGUUUUGUGAAGCCCUUUAAGUCUACCUCUUGAUUCCAAAAUACUUCAUGUGGGAAGUGUUUUCAUUUUUUCUAGUGUGUGAAUUGGUUUUUUGCACAAGAGAUUUUCAUAACACAUUUACUAAAUUUCCCAAGGCACUGUUCAAAUGUUGAAUAUUAAAGGGAACGUGAUCACUAUUAGUAAUGUUUUAAACCUGUUUUCCCAUUUUAGAAACAUGUCACAGCUUUGUUCUUUGGAACAAGCUGACCUUUUAAGCAACUUGGGUUAUACAACACAACUUUCCUAUCAACAGUUCCAGAAUUUGAAGAAAGCAUGAUCCAAGCUUGUUGGAAAGGUGUUCCUAUUGUUUGCGUACAUGUUUAAUUAGUGAGGAAAGUGCUUGUCAUUUAUUUGCUUUCUUAGCCGGCUCCUUUUAAAUGGCCUCCCUACGUACUUUCCUACUCUGUCUAAUGAAAAGCACCUUAAACUUGGGGUUUUGUUGCAAGAGAUUGAAGCAGAUUCCUAUGCAAGUGUUCACAUCACAUGUUUGAAGUUGGUUAGGCUAGUGGUAUUAUCCCGUGCUCAUGGAAGUCAUUUUUCCAAAGCAUGCCUGUUUUUCUCUCUUGACAAAACCAGAAUCUGCACAUGAUCCUGAGUAGCAUGUUUGAGUGUAGGGAAGGAAAAACAGCCCCCCUUGUAUUGUAACCCAUACAAAAAUAUGAUGCAAGAUGGCAAGCCAGAGCAUUAAGAGUAAAAUAUUUUUAAUUGGGCUGGGGGUGGGGCUUCUCUUUCAUUGUGAUAUUUUUCAGAAAUAAAACAAGUCCAUGGAAUGGUUAGUCUCUCUCUAGAUACACGGAAACCUGAGGGGAAUAUUAUUGCACAUGAUAGUCUAGGCUCCCCACAGAUGGAUGGGGAUGUGAGAAUGCAGGUCUGCUCCUGUGUAUAAAUGUUCUCACUGUAUGUGCGCAAUCACUGAGCUAAUGAUAAUGUGUUCAAGGUAGCCUUAUUCUGCACCUGCCUCUGUGCCAGACGUGAAACUUUCAUCCGUGAAACUUGGUUACAGUGAUUGUGGACUCUACAGAUUCAGUCACAGAGUUAGUUUGUACUUCUGUGUCUUGUAAGAGCAGAAUCGAGCCACAGCAAUGAGAUUUUAAUCAAUUUUAACAGUGGGAGUUUAAAGCUGGCUAUUGGGGGAGAGUUCAUUUCCAGAAAUUGGAUGAAAUAUUCCAUGAGAUUUUUUUGGGGGGGGGGAGGCAGGGAAAUGGUCUGGUUUGCCUUUUUCUGCCAUUUUUAUCAAACUACCUCAGGUCUUACACACUUUUUCAUGUUUUGACUUAAACUCUAAAAGCUCCCCUGGAUGAUUACUACACACCACCAACACCUACACUAUGGAGAACUAUUAAAUCACAACAGCAGCUUUUCUAGAUUAGUUUGAUGCAAUUGCUGCAUGACUGAUUUUCUGUUUUGACUAAAAAAAAGUCAGGUCCCAGCACAUAGUUCGAGUGGUUUGUAUGUUCAGCCAAAUGCCUUUCACUCAAAGUAUGUCCUUACAUUGUAAGCUUGCUUUGGAUUUUACAUUAAUACACUGUACAAGUAGUUUGUUGUACAUUUUUUAAAAUAAAAAAAACUUGUCAAAACUACAAUUAAAGCAGAUAUUUGAACACUG